AUGCUCCCACUGAGCGAUUUCAACGUCGUUUGUUGCGCAUUGGCAACGUUUUCUGCUGCUGUGGGCUAUAGAUUAUCUCGCCAGCGACGGAAUUCUGAGAUCCAACGUCGGUUUAACAUUGAGCAACAUAGAAGUUUACAAUCGCGACGGAGUGGGAGCCCUGCCAGCGUGCUUUCUGUAUGUGAUCAUAGUUCGGACAGCACGCUUUCAGAGCAGUCGGUCACCGAUUCUCCCACCCCAUCUGAAAAUACACUCGAAGACACUGAACCUGGAACAUUGAAGAGAAAACACAGAGAUGAGGAUGACGAAAGUCUGGUGGAUGAGCAAUCAAGGCACCCUUCUGAGAAAGGAAAUCCUGCACCUCUAAAAAGGGUGCGCAUUACGCCUCAGCCAGAAGAAAUGGACGGCAAGCUGAAAACUGAAGAGACUGGGCUCAUCACGUCAGCUGAACCACCCCAGUCCGAUGUCUCUUUACAAUCGAAGCCGAUGGAGGAAGUCGAUAGUCAUGCUGCCGUGGUCAAAGUUGUAACUGAGAUAUCAGAACCUCUACGAAACGUUCCUCUCUUUACACCGGCGCUCCCGCCUAUUCAAGCGGUCAAGCCGUCGUGCGCAUUUGCGUCUUUCGCCAAUUCUACGUCCCCAUUCUUAGUUGCACCGGUGGCCGCCGCUUCUGCAAUGCACGCUUCUGUGUGGUGCUCUGGUGGUACCACCGAUUUUGUUGCGCCUGGGUCGUGUUCUUCAGCCCAGAAAGAUCCACGGAACGAUGAGAAGUUGGGGGGAAUUGAGAUACAUGGUGCCAAGAAUAAUGUCGGGGAAAAGCCUGGAGUGAAGCAAGAAGAUCCCCUGGCAGCGCAGUUCUAUGCGAAGAGUUCUCAUACUGGGGAGGAAGACGAGGAAGUCGCAGCGGAGCUGAAAGGCGUGAAGGUUUUCAUAAAACGUGGAGACCGCGAGUUCUCUGAUGCGAUCCUCGGGCACGUCAAGCUCCUUUCGCACAAGCAGACGGGAGAUGAGCGUCUACUUUUCCGCCGAGAGCUGGUGUGGAAAGUAUCCAUGAGUGUUCGGCUAUGCCCCACGGUGCGCUGCUCGUUCGAUGAAGAUCAGGGUGUCCUCCGCGUUUCCCUCAAAGAAACCGAGGAAUGUGAAGGUAUCCCGCCGGAGAAGUGGCAGCAGCGAGUGGUCGUCUACGCUCUGAAGAGAGGCAAGACUUCCAAGAGCGACUUUGCAGAUUUCGCCCACGCCGUCACCUCCAGCUCGCCACUUUUUGCGCCAUCGUCCACUUAG